AUGGCUCUAGUUUACGGCUGCGGUAGCGAAUUUUGAACGGCGCCGGAUCAGCGUCGCGACGUCGACGCCACCACCUUGCUCACUCCGUCCAGUUCCAAUCCGACAUCGGCGUCGCGCCACUUACCGCCUCUUUGAACGCAUGUGACUUAUGUGGACUGUCAGUGGAGUGAGCUUUGGCAAAACGACAGUGGAGUGCUGUGAAAGCUUCGAAUUUGUUUUCUGAUCGGAUUCGAUUCGAUUUGCCUCCGAAAAAUCGAAAUCAAUUCUUCGGUGGCUGAUUCCAAGAGGUGCGGUUCAGGAAUCUUGAAGGAAACAUCUAUUUCACUCAAUCUGUGAUUGGAAAGUGACCUAAAUGUGUAAAUUGAUAGAUCAGGAUGAGCCAGCGCAAGGGAGGUGACGACAGUGGCGGAUGAGGACGCGUCAGCACGGCUAGCACCGCGACCCCCAGCCAGCCGCCGUCCAUGGUGGGCGACCGGGAUGGCGAAGGGCUGGCCGUGCGGUGGGACUCGGAGGCGGUGGACGGCCGGGGGCUGCGCUACACCUCCGUCCCGCAGACGUCGCCGCCGCCGCCGCCGCCUCCGCCGCCGCCGCCGCUGCCGCUCCAGCUGCAGCGGCCGUACUCGCGCUCCAUGUCCUCGCUGCCCCCGGAGCCCUUCAUGAUAAUGCGCUCCAAGGCGCUCAACCGGCGCGUCUGCAUCAACGUCGGCGGCGUCAAGCACGAGGUGCUCUGGCGCACCCUGGACCGCCUCCCGCACACGCGCCUCGGCCGCCUCCGCGACUGCAACACGCACGAGGCCCUCAGCGAGCUCUGCGACGACUACUCGCUCAUCGACAACGAGUACUUCUUCGACCGACACCCCAAGUCCUUCAGCUCCAUACUCAACUUCUACCGCACGGGGAAGCUGCAUCUGGUGGACGAGAUGUGCGUGCUUGCGUUCAGUGACGAUCUAGAGUAUUGGGGCGUCGACGAACUCUAUCUCGAGUCGUGUUGUCAGCACAAGUACCAUCAGAGGAAGGAGCACGUGCACGAGGAAAUGCGCAAGGAAGCCGAGUCGCUGAGGCAGCGCGACGAAGAGGAGUUCGGGGAGGACAAGUGCUCGCAGUACCAAAAGUGGCUCUGGGACAUGCUCGAGAAACCGACCACCUCGAUCGCGGCCAGGGUGAUAGCCAUCGUGUCCAUCUUGUUUAUUGUGCUGUCCACUAUCGCCCUAACGCUCAACACCAUUCCAAGCAUGCAGGUCAACGACGAGAAGGGCAACUUCCAGGACAAUCCCCAGCUGGCGAUGGUGGAGGCCGUUUGCAUCACCUGGUUCUCGUUAGAGUACAUUCUGAGGUUUAGCGCUUCGCCCAAUAAGUGGAAGUUUUUCAAAGGUGGCCUGAAUAUCAUCGACUUACUCGCCAUAUUGCCUUAUUUCGUUUCCCUCUUUCUGCUGGAGACCAACAAAAACGCCACUGAUCAGUUCCAAGACGUGCGUCGAGUCGUCCAAGUUUUCCGUAUCAUGCGUAUCUUGCGAAUCCUCAAGUUGGCGAGACAUUCGACCGGUCUCCAGUCUUUGGGGUUUACCUUGCGCAACUCCUACAAAGAGCUGGGCUUGCUCAUGUUGUUCCUAGCCAUGGGCGUCCUCAUCUUUUCCAGCCUCGCCUACUUCGCCGAGAAGGAGGAGCCGGGCACUAAGUUCAUCAGCAUACCAGAGACCUUCUGGUGGGCCGGUAUCACCAUGACCACGGUCGGCUACGGCGAUAUUUACCCCACGACACCGCUGGGGAAAGUUAUAGGAAGUGUAUGUUGUAUUUGCGGUGUCUUGGUAAUCGCGUUGCCCAUUCCUAUCAUUGUCAAUAACUUUGCCGAGUUCUACAAGAACCAGAUGAGGCGGGAGAAGGCGCUCAAGCGGCGGGAGGCGCUCGAGCGCGCCAAGAGGGAGGGCAGCAUUGUGUCCUUCCAUCACAUCAACUUGAGGGACGCCUUCGCCAAGAGCAUGGACCUGAUCGACGUCAUUGUCGAUACGGGCCACAAUAUGUCUCACGCCGACGGCAACAGCACUGAAGGGGAAUCGGCCAGCGGACGAAACCCGGCCCAGACCGGCACCGGCUGCUAUCGCAACUUCGAUCAUUUCCCAAACAGACAUCGACGCAGCAAUUCUUCCGCAACUCCUUGUCUUCCGACCGGCGAAGGGCCUCCGCUGCCCGCCUCGCCCCUGUCGCAGCGGAGGCUGCUCGAGCUGGCGCCCCCCGAGGAGCAGCAGCUGCAGCAGAUGGGCCCCCUUGCGCCACUCGCUCAGGACGAAACGCAGCUUCUGGCUAGCACUCCAAGGGGAUACAUUUCGCCAGGGGCUGACAGCAAAAAAUCUGAUCCCCUGAGGAGAAUUGAGAAAGUUGAUGAAAUUCCUAGCGAAUUCGAAUGUUGCUUUUGCACCUCGAAGGAUUUCAAAGAGUUUGUUGACGCGGAAAACUUGAUGCCUCUGCCGACGAGCGACUUCCGCAAUCCCGUCUGUCUGGAAAUGAGGACGAUAAAAGCAGAGCAAGCUUAUAACAGCUUCGGAGAGGUGGACAUCAAGCAGAAGAACAACAUCAAUAAUAACGGCGACCUGGCCAGCAUGGAUAGUUCGGACACGUUUGCAAGUUGUACAACGCACCCUUUCAAUUCUCAGGGAGACCUCACGUCAGAUAUCGUUGAUCACUCGUGUGUAAUUGAUAGCAAUCUUUAUGUGAAUCCGUUGGAUAAGAGCGGGGAGAACAGUCCAGUCACUCCGGCGCCAGCACCAGCCAGGACUGGGGGUGUGAAGAAAUCGGCUUCGGGGGAUACGGCCUUAAGGAGUUUGGGGACGUCGCCGAUGGAGGAGGCUUUCAGGGGCUUCGGGCCGCUGGAUAGAGGGAGUAGGGUCAGUCUCAACGAUUCACCUCUUCCGAAGAACAGAAGGACGAGAUUCCAACAGGGCGGACGUCCCCGGACUCGCUUCGGCGACGCUUUCGAACGCGAUUCUCAAGAAAGUCUCGAAUCGAAACGGAAGAAGACUUCGUUUAUUCCAACGAGAGGAUUAGCUUCGGCCACCAGAAUUAUCAAUCAGCAUUUAUUCGGUCUACAGAACUUGAGUGGAUCAAGAUCAGGCAAAAACAGCGGCAGCAAGUCAUCGCUGUCUGUGGAUUCGAUCGACAGCCGUGUCAGUCCGCAAUUAGAACAUCAUCGGCGUUCGAAAUCAAUUUUGAAGAAAUCGGACAGCAGCGGAAACCGCAACGCGGAUCCGGAAAGCGAGCGUUUAAUCUCUGACAAUAUGUCCGGUUAUGAGAUCGGUUCCGGUAGCGAAUAUUCUCCAAACAAACGACUUUCCUCUCCGCCGAUGAGGCAUCGUGCUCUCAGCCAAAAAACUCUAACGAAAACUCUUCCUCCCUAUUACCAGCAGGAUACCGAGAAAAACAGGACAUUAAAGUCGCAGCUGUUUUUGUUAGACGAUAUUAUAAAUAAAGAGAAACAGACGUGUAAGGAACCAGUGCUCGAUUCGAAUAAAUUGAAAGAGUGCGGUGAUAGUGUUGGUGAUAUGCCGUUGUACAUCUGUCCUCCGCCUCCUCCCAUGGACGACAGCUCACCCAACGAAGAAACCAGACUGCUUCUUCAUCCCACCGUGGUUGUGCCGUCACAGAGGCAGCCCGGAAACUCCAUCUCCAAAGGACCCAAUCCGUCCUCGUAGCAUUCAAAGGAAUUUGAAUCAUUCCCUAGACUUAGUACGACUAGAAACGGCCAGGAAUUUCGAAGCUUGAAACUAGAAGAACUGUUAAUAUGGAAGAUAAUUCGGAAACACGGAGUGACGUUCGUCCAAAAUUCUCACGAAAAAUAAUAAAGAUGGUGCAUAACAAAGUGCUUUGUUGUUGGAGACAUUUAUGACAUUCUUAGAAAUAAUUUUUAAACUAAAUGCAUUGUUAUUUUUUGCCACAAUUAUAUUCUAAAAAGUCACGUGUUAAUAAACCAAUUUUAAGACUUAAACGCAAUGUUUAGUGCAAGCAGCUAUGCAUUUUGCAGAGGUUCACAAGUGAUAGAUGAGUUGUUCUGUUUUUGAAGAUAGGAAGGCUAAUGUCAUGCGAUUUAUACGGAAUUACCCUUAUCUUCUAGCUGCAGUGAAUCCUUAAGUGUUAAUCAAAUUAUAAAUAGCCACAGAUUGCCAACAUUUAUUACGAUGAAACACGAAGGAAUUUCUCGAAGACUUGCAUAUUGAAAAAAGGUUGUGUGAGGAGUGGAUAAGUUAGUCAAUGAAUUCAGCAAUAUAAUAACCAGCCUCGCUGCUUCCUCAUAAGCUGAGAGGUUGUUUAAAUCAGGCGCAAAGAGAAAACAAGAAAUUACGACUGGCCAAGCUUAUUUUUGUCUGUGAUUACAUUAAUUUUAAGCAAAGAGUGUAAGAAUAUUGUUACAUGACUUUAUUUUGUGAAUAAUUAUUUAUCGUGAAAUUGCGCAUUCAACAAAAAGAUUUAGUAUGCCAAUGCAAGGCGAAAUAGAGAGCUUUAAUCGACGAAAUUUCAUGUAAAAACACACAAGUACCCACCAACAUAUUUUUUCAACAUGCACUUUUAUAUUUCUAUUGAGAUUUUUUAUUUUUUAUUACGAAAAUGUUACAAUACAUUGUGCGAGUAAUGUUGUUAGAGAUGUUGGUGUGAUAGAUGCCCUUGUUGUUUGUGUCAAUCGCUGCAUACUAAAUCAUCAAUCAUGCGACGAUUGUAAUAGUUUUUCACGUUUUGUAGAAAAUGUCAUAAUUAUAAUAGUUGAUUUUGUUACACAUUUGCCGUACAUAAUACCUGUAUUAUUCAACUGAGAUACAAUUUUUUAUUUCGUACCGAAAAACAGGUAUUAUUCGAUGGUAGUUGCAAUAGAUUACAGCACAGAAUGUUCACGUUUUCAUUCCCAGCAUCUUUUGCAUUGUUUUAAAUAAUAAUUAUUACGAACUUGUUUGAUUGUAUCUCUCUUUCAUCUUUAUCCCAUCCUAUUUAGUUUUCAUUAAGUUAAGUACGUUUUAUUGAUAAUAAACUGAUGAAUCAAUAGAUUUGCAUCUAUGCUUAUAGACAAUCGCAUCAAUUUUCAUUUUGGUUAAUUUUAUAACGAUCAAGUUACUUAACACAACUGCUAAGAAGCGAGAGACUGCACAUUUAAAUAUUUGUAUAAACAUUAUUGUUAUAAAAUGAAUACAUUUUGUACAUAACAUUACAUACUGCAUAAAUUAUUAUUUAUUAUACAUAUUAUAUCAUGCUCUACAUAGACAUAUCAUGUAAAUGUUUGUUAAAGUAAAUAAAAAUAAUUGUUCUCAAAAAAUGUUACAUGUAUUUAUCAACUGAUUAAAACUACUUUUCCUAUUUA